CAGCAGCAGCCUCUUCCCAUGGAUCCACUGCACGUGGCCCCCUCAGGCCCUCGGAAGAAGAGACCCAGGCAGGUGGGUGCCUCGAUGGCCUCCCCUUCGUAUGACAUCAAGUUUCAAGAUUUGGUCCUCUUCAUUUUGGAGAAGAAAAUGGGAACGACCCGCAGAACCUUCCUCAUGGAACUGGCUCGAAGGAAAGGAUUCAGGGUUGAAAAUGAGCUCAGUGAUUCCGUCACCCACAUUGUGGCAGAAAACAACUCUGGUUCAGAGGUUCUUGACUGGCUUCAGGUCCAGAACGUAAGUGCCAGCUCACAGCUAGAGCUCCUCGACGUCUCCUGGCUGAUAGAAAGUAUGGGAGCAGGAAAACCGGUGGAGAUUACAGGAAAACACCAGCUUGUUGUGAGAACAGACUAUUCAGCUACUCCCAACCCAGGCUUCCAGAAGACUCCACCACUUGCUGUAAAAAAGAUCUCUCAGUACGCGUGUCAGAGAAGAACCACUUUAAACAACUGGAACCACAUAUUCACGGAUGCCUUUGAGGUAUUGGCAGAAAAUUAUGAGUUUAAAGAAAAUGAAAUCUCUGCUCUGGAAUUUAUGAGAGCAGCUUCUGUACUUAAAUCUCUGCCAUUCACAAUCAUCAGUAUGAAGGACACAGAAGGAAUUCCCUGCCUGGGGAACAAAGUGAAGUGUGUCAUAGAGGAAAUUAUUGAAGAUGGAGAAAGUUCUGAAGUUAAAUCUGUGUUAAACGAUGAACGAUAUCAGUCCUUCAAACUCUUUACUUCUGUAUUUGGAGUGGGAUUGAAGACAUCUGAGAAAUGGUUCAGGAUGGGGUUCAGAUCUCUGAGUAAAAUAAGGUCGGACAAAACCUUGAAAUUCACAAAAAUGCAGAAAGCAGGAUUCCUCUAUUAUGAAGACCUUGUCAGCCGUGUGACCAGGGCCGAAGCAGAGGCAGUCGAUGUGCUGGUUAAAGAGGCCGUCUGGGCAUUUAUGCCUGACGCCUUCAUCACCAUGACGGGAGGAUUCCGGAGGCAUAAGAAGACUGGGCAUGAUGUAGAUUUUUUAAUUACCAGCCCAGGAUCAACAGAGAAUGAAGAGCAACGACUUUUGCCUAAAGUGAUAAACUUAUGGGAAAGAAAGGGAUUACUUUUAUACUAUGACCUUGUGGAGUCGACAUUUGAAAAGCUCAAGGUGCCAAGCAGGCAAGUGGAUGCUUUAGAUCAUUUUCAAAAAUGCUUUCUGAUUUUAAAAUUGCACCAUCAGAGAGUGGACAGUGACAAGUCCAUCCAACAAGAAGGAAAGACCUGGAAGGCCAUCCGUGUGGACCUGGUCAUGUGCCCCUACGAGCAAUAUGCCUUUGCCCUGCUGGGCUGGACUGGCUCCCGGCAGUUUGAGAGAGACCUCCGGCGCUACGCUACACACGACCGGAAGAUGAUGCUGGAUAACCACGCUCUAUAUGACAAGACCAAGAGGAUAUUUCUCAAAGCAGAAAGUGAAGAAGAAAUCUUUGCACAUCUGGGAUUGGAUUACAUCGAACCAUGGGAAAGAAAUGCUUAG